AUGACGCCAUUUCCGCUGUCCUCCGCACCUGCCGUUUUCGCUUACGAUACCCUCGCGGCUGCGACUGCUCCCGCUUCCGCUUUCUACUCCUCCCCCGACCUUCCGCAGCCGCAGCGGCCGCAGCCGGAGCAGCCGCAGCUACAGCAGCCGGAAUCGCGCCAUCAACCGCAUGUCGCCACAUUCAUUGCGGCUUCCCCCUCUGCCAAUCCUGCUUCCGCCGCCUCCCCCGCUUCGAACAUUUCCGCCGACCCGCCGCAGCACCCGCAUCAGCCACAGCCGCAGCAACCGCAUUCGCGCCUCCAGGCACACGCCAUGCUCAUCGCCGCCGCCACAGGCCGCGUCGCGCUGCCCAAUCUUUCCGCCACGCGCCCCGCCGCGAUUCUGAGCGAGAAUCACGCGAGCGAUGAUUGCGUCGGUAACGGCUCUCGGGCGAACAGCAACAGCAACGGUAUACGCGAUAGUGUCAGCAUCGGUACCCGCAAGGGCGUGGCUUCAGCAUCGCACGGCAACUCCGCCGCGCCUCCAGAGCCCGCGACGGCAGCGGCGACAGCCGCGUGCGACGCUCCGGCUCGCGGAACAGCAGCGGAAACAUCAACAGCAACAGCAACAGCAACAGCGGCAGCGGCAACGGGGAAAAGGGAAGGGGAAGCAGCGGGAAGCGAGGGGGAGCGGGGCGCGGGAGCGGAGUGGGUGGCGCGGACGCCGCGCGAGGAGGACAUCAACGAGUGGCUGGCGAAGGUGCUCGGCCCGGGGGGGUUGCAGGCGCGCGGGGGGGGAAUACAGCGGCGGGAGCAAGAGGAAAUGGCGAAGGUGCUCGGCCCGGGGGGCUUGCAGGCGCAGGGAACUGCAGGGGGGGUCGGCAUGCAGCCGCGGGAGCCAGCGGUUGCGGGGAAUGCGCCUGGGCAGGAGGCGCAGCAGAACGCCCCGGCGGCUGGGAGCGCCGGAGGGUGGGGCCAGGGGGCAGGGCGCGCAAGAGAUGGGGUCCGGGCGGAACAAAGUGGAGAAGGGCGGAGAGGCGGAAGCGGGUGGGCGGGAGGGUUGCUGGCUGAAAACAUUCAGCUUUUGGCUGCGAAUCAGGGGUUAUGCUCGAGUCUGGGGGUGAAUGCAAAUUCGGGGUUAGAUUCGGGGUUAAAUGCGGGGCAGGGGGCAGGUUUGGAUGAGAUUGUUAGUCUGGCUGGUGCUGUGCUUUCCAGGCACGCAGCAGCGGGCGCAGGGGGGGUGUCAGGUGGCACAGGAGAAUUCACGUUUGGAUCGUUGGGUGCAGCGGGGUUAGGUGCGGUAGGGAACGAUGUGAUGAUGGGAGGACGGGAUGCGAUGGCAGCAGCAGCAGCAGCGGUGCAGGGGAUGUAUAGACAGGCUCUGGUGGACCGAUACAUGCAGGAGCAGCAGGCAAGCUUUGAGGCGCCUCAAAAGGCAAAAGCUGCAGCAGAAGCAGCAGCAGUAGAAGCAGUGGAAGCGGUGGAAGCAGAAGCAGCGGUGCAGAGGAUGUAUAUACAGGCUCUGGUGGACCGAUACUUGCAGGAGCAGCAGGCGAGCAGAUCGCACACUGCCAUGCCCACUCUUGCUGCCGCUGCUGCUGGUGGUGCUGGUGGUGGCGGUGGUGGUGUUUUUCCUGCCUGCGCGUCUGGCAGUGGUGGUGCAAGUGCAAGCUCCAGCGCUGCUGCUCGUGCGUGUGCUGGCAGCAGUGCUGGGAACAGUGUUGCCAAUGCCGCUGGCAACGUUGCUGUCAAUGCUGCUGUCAGCAGUGCUGCCAGUGCACACGUUUUACGGCAGCAUGAUGGCAUGCAGUUAAAGCGGCAGUUAUCAGCAGCAGCAGCAGCAGCCGUUGCCGUUCAUGCUUCUGCUGCACUGCCCCUUGAACGUGCUGCUGCUGAUGCGUCUGGGUGUGAGAGUGCACCUCUGUGGGAUGGUGUGUCUGGGUGCGCUGGUGUGUCGCUAGGUCAGUGGGACUCGUGGGAGCUGCAGCAGCCUGCCACUGUCCAGGAGCUUGUGCUGCAGUGCAAUAAAAGAAAACUUGCUGCUCUACAGGAAACAAUCCUGGAAGUGUAUGUGAACCUCCCGUGUCUCAUGCUAUCGCGGAUAGUGUUGCCUUCAUCCUCGAUGCAGCUGACAAGCAUUUUCAUCCGUCAACUACUAGCUGAAGGUCUCGCAAAGCGAUCUGCUGUAAUGUCUGGCCCUGCAGCAACUGAUGCCGCGACUCCGCAACGACCGCCAAUUCACAACAACGACCAAGUGACCGUUGACAAAAUAGACGACGACUACGAAUAUUCUAACGACGACAGCAACGAUGAUGACGACACAUUCUCCACGUCGUCAUCUGAGGACCUGAGGACCAAGAUCGAAGAGCUCAAAUGCGACGCCGCCAGCAAGAAAUUCUCGCCUUCCUCCGACGCAGCCUCCGCCGUCCCCGCCUCUAUGUUGACCUUCCGCAAUAUCUGCUACUCCGUCUUUGUCAAGCAGCGCAAGGGGGAACCUUCCGCUGCCGGCCCGCAAUUCGCGCGGCAGGACAGCCCUCUCGCGAAUUUCGCCGGAUUGCCGCCUCAGCCGGGCAUUCAAGAGCCGCCGAUUUCUGCGGCCGCGGCGCAAGCGGAUGGCGGUGCAACUGGCGGCGGCCGAAUCCCCGAAGGAUUCCGGCGAAAGCGCGUUCGGCGGCAGAUCCUGACCGGCGUUAACGGCGAGGCGCGGUCGGGGGAGGUGACGGCGAUCAUGGGCGCAAGUGGAGGCGGAAAAACGACGCUGCUGAACAUCCUGGCGCAGCGAAUCUCGUCGACGCGGCAGAAGGGGACGGUGGAGCUGGAUGGUGCGGAAGUGCACGCGGGGACGAUGCGGCGCGUUUCCGCGUACGUGAUGCAGGACGACGUACUGUUUUCGUCGCUCACGGAGCGCGAGACGCUCAUGUACGCCGCCGAGUUGCGCCUCGAGCCGCGAUUCUCGCGACGCGAGGAGGAAAAAGUCACCCGGCUGAUUGACAUGCUCGGGCUGGUGAAAGUGGAGAACUCGCCGAUCGGUGGGGAGACACUUGUAAAACAGAGUAGCGUUGACUACUGGAGGGCUGGAAACUUGGCUGGAAAGUCUUAG